AUCAACGGAUGAGGGAAGGCUACCACUAUUUAGGGUCCCACUUGAUGGAGUAGAUGCACAUGAACUCUUUGGUGACCUGCUACAGCAUCUAAUUUCUUCUACCUGUCUCAACUGUGUACCACAACACAGAUUAUAUUAACACAUUAUAAUCAACAGACAGGAUCCGUCGAUUAUUAUCUGGCUUUAAAGCACUUACCAUGUUCUCUAAACGAUCUAAGCGAGAGAGAAUCAGUGUAUCAGCAACAACCAUUGUUUUUCCUUGUUCUUUUCACUGGAAACAAACGGUUACUAUCACUUUCGUAGCUUCUCAAAUUUGUUUUUCUUUUUGAUGUCGAAAGAAUGAUGAAGAUCCGACGAAGAUGACGAAGCUCGGACGAAGAUGAUGAAGAUCUGACGAAGAUGAUGAAGCUUCGACGAAGAUGACGAAGAUCCCACGAAGAUGACGAAGAUCCCAUGAAGAUGACGAAGAUCCCAUGAAAACCCGACGGAAAUUUUGUGCUGAUGAUGGAGAAGAAAAUUGUGGGUUUGGGAGGAGUUUCAAGUUUGAACUAUUACGGCGAGGGUUCAUCUGGCGAAGGAAUUCGACGAUUUGGGGAUUUUAACAAUGGGGGGCAUUUUGUUAUUUUUUUAAAACUUGUAUUGCAUAAUUUUCAAUUAAAUCCCAGUAGUUCAGAAAACCUCAAAAAACCCCCCGAUAUUUCGAGCCAGACUCGGCUCGCGAGCCUAACAAGCCGAGCCAAGCAUGGCUCGAACUCGGCUCUUUCUGUCUCACGAGCCGAGUCGAGUCAGCUCGUUAUCAGAAGAACCGAGCCGUUAACGAGCCGGACUCGAGCCAAGCCGGCUUGCGAGCGGCUCGGUUAGUUAACCAGCCCUACUUCAAGCGCUCCUCUCAACAAGGUGAGUGGUUAGAUUUUUGCAGCAUAUAUUUUUAUUCUUUUAUGAGAAUUUGAAUAUAAACUCCACCAUUAAUUUUUCAGCAAAAAGUAUAAUCGACUGAAUCAACAUGGUUUAUAUAUUAUCUAUCAACACUCUGUUAUUUGCAAGUUUUCAUGGUAAAGCCACGUUUUCCAGAAAAAGCAUAAAUGAAAAGUGCUUCAAGUCUUACUGGAAAGAAUAAUUUGUUUGUUAUUAUUUGCGUUGUGAAGUACUUCAAGUUGAUGGUAAGCUUAGAUUUUUUCUUAUCAACAAAAUGCACUUUCUGCUACAUUUACCAGUCCUAUUGUAAGAAUUUUAUUUUUAAGCUUUUGCAUGAGGAGAACUUUUGGCAGCCUGAACAUUUGACUAUUAGGCUCUUGAAUUUUAAUCCUUGUAUUCAUCAACGGAUUAUAUUGAAGAAAUUUUGUGUUUUACAUAUUAAUCUGCAAGUCUGUUUAGUCCUAUUGUUUUAUAUUAAUCAUGGUACGAAGUUUUUAGUCAAUAAGUUAUAUUGAAGAAACUUUGUUCUUUACAAAUUUAUCUCUAAAUCUGUUUAGUCCUCUAAUGUUAUAUUUUGUUAAAAAAUGCACAAAUCAUUAAAUUAAUCAAGGAGCCUCCACUCCACAAAAUAUUUUUCCUUAUUGUGUUAUAUUAAUCUUGAUAUUAAUGGGAGUUUUUUAUUACUGUAUUUAAAAAAUCUAAGGAUAUAGUUGUAAUUUUAAAACUUACAGUCAGGGCAAUCCUCGUAAUUUAUAAGUCCCACAGUCCCACUUGCCAUUGAAAAUGGAAGAGUAGAAGACUCUCCAGUCUCCACUUCUCUAAGUCUUCCAUUUCAACUAUAUCCCAAAACCUUCUCCCUCUUUUACCCUCUGAAAAACCCUAUAUUCCCGUUAUAACCCUUCUCCAUUUUUCACUUUCACUAAUAAACUCAAUCCCAAAACCCAUAAAUUCUUGUACAUAUCUCAAUCUUCUUCAUUUCUCAAAUUUUGACCGAAUUUCCCUUUAAUUCUGGGGUUUUUUUUUUUCUCUAAUUAUUUUUGCUCGGGUUUGCCAAAGUUUCAAUUUUUAUUUAUUUUUGUUCACAUUUCAUGGAUUUUGCUCUUGAAUCUUCGGUUUUCAAUCGACCCACGUUCGUUUCAACAUUAAAAAUCUCGUUUUUCCUCCACCAAAAUCGAUGUUCGAAAUUUUCUGUCAAGAUUUCACCAAGAAUUCAUCGCUAUCCAAAGUGUCGCGUUUUGGGGGCGCUUGUUUGUGGGGUUUUGGUGUUUGGUUGCAAGAGAGUUUUUGCCGUGGAGAGUGCAGUAAAUGCAGGGUAUGGAGAUAUUGGGCAGAGCAUAUUGUUGUUGAAGAAUGCUUGGAUUAAAGUUUCUCAGGUUUUGAGAGUAUUCAAAGAGCAAGGUUUGGUUUUGGCUACCCUUUUGGGUUUGUCUGCGUUCUCGUCAAUGGCUGAGACGUCUAUCACAACGCUUUGGCCUUGGAAGGUGCGGGAAUUGGCAGAUAAAGAGCCUGAUAAUGGUGUCUUUAAAAUGCUUCACAGUGAUGUUACCCGGUUUUUGACGACUAUUCUCACUGGCACGAUGUACUACCCUCCCCCUUAAUGUUAGUGUAACUAAUUCUUUUCUUUUCAUAUUGAGUUUGAAAAUUAAUUCUUUUAUACAUUCUAUUUACAUAU